AUGGAGGACACCACCGACCCGAGCCUCCUAUUGAACCUCGCACCGGAACUCCGGACAUUGAUCUGGGAAGCACUGUUCUCCGAACCCUCAGAACGGACAAUAGACGAAUACGUUCAUCCAAACAAGAAGCCUCUUCGUAAAGACAUCCUCUCCAUAACGCUCGUCAACCAGCACCUCCGCCACGAGACCCUCCCCAUCUACUGGUCCCACACAAUCUUCCGGGUCCUCCACCGGGGCCAUCGCGAAGACUCCGCAUUCGACGCCUACUUCUAUACCUGGCUCCAGAGACUCCGCGACGAAGACGUAAAACUCCUUCGACACUUAGAAUUCAAAGUCAGAGUCCCGUAUGUGUUGCCGAAACCGGAGUCUUUGCGGGAUCCUAGCACUGCUAUCAUCAAUGUCGAUCUAAAUUGUCCGCAUGUUGAUGAGGGGAUGAAGGUGAGGGGGUAUUAUGAGACGUGUCCGUUGGCGAUCUUGCCAUGGGUGAGGAGGGCUGUGGCGAAGGUUCCGCGGGUGGAGAGGAAGCCGAUUGUUUCGAAGGAGGUUCUGUGGGAUAUAUACGAAGCGUGCUACCUGCUCACGAGAUCCGAUUGCCGGGAGAGGCGGACUUGGGCGGAGUUUCAAAGAGCUUAUGAGCUCAAUCAGUCGAGGGCGAAGCCGCUGCCGUGGUCUGAGAACCUUUAUUAUGAAAUGUCACAGGAAGUAAUCCACGGACCUGCGUGGCGUGAAAGGGAAGAGCUCAAGAAGAUCAUCGGCUUGUACAAAACGUACUAUUUGAUUGAUGAUAUGAUGCAGUUCUGA